AUAAUAUCAGUGGACUAAAUGUGGUUUGGAGAAUAACCGUAACGACUCAAUUACAAUAAAAUGACGUUAAGAAAGAUACAUUUACCGGUUUCAUUGGACGGAAGAGUUAUUUUGAUAGUUGCAAUUUAUUACUCAUUUGUAAGUGUUACUAAUUGUGCAGUAACUACGACUGGAUUGAAGGACAAAGACGUUAAUUCGAAAAAUGAAUCACAGGAAAAAGUCUGCGAAACACAAGCAUGUAUCGAAGCAGCAUCGCUAAUUUUGAAAAACAUUGACACAAAAGCGGUACCUUGCGAUAAUUUUUAUCAAUUUGCGUGUGGCAAAUUUUUAGAGGAAUCAAUUAUUCCGGAAUCCCAAAAUAGCAUAUCUGCUUUUACUCGAACUAAUGAAAAACUAUUGAAGCAGCUGAGGACAAGUCUAGAACGUAAAAUGGAUAAUAACGCUCCAAGAACGUUCAAAGUGCUGCAGUCAUUUUAUUAUUCUUGUCUCGAUAUUGCUAAAAUCAACGAAACUAGUACAAAUGAAGUGUUGGAUAUACUGAAGAAACUUGGUGACUGGCCUGUUCUGGUCGGACAAUCUUGGAACGCUUCCGACUUUGAUUGGAAAAAAUUAAUCUAUCAGAUGCGUGAAAUUGGAUAUACAGAAGCGAUGAAAUGUUUUAUAGAGAUAGGUAUCAAAAUAUCCGAAGAAAAUAAUAACAGGAGAUAUGUAAUAACUCUGGAUCAGGCAUCUACAGGACUCGAACAAGAGUACUUGUCAAAAGGUUUCCAAGACAAAAUUGUACAAGCCUACUAUAAAUAUAUGACCAAUCUUGCGGAAGUCCUCGGAGCUGAUGAACAACAAUCGAGGAAAGACCUACGUGACUCUUUGGAUUUUGAAAUUGAGCUUUCGAAGAUUUUUUUACCGAGAGAAGAUCGUAGAAAUAGAUCUCAGCUUCACAAUUCUAUGACUCUACAACAACUAGAAUCAGGAUAUCCAGAUAUUCCCUGGCGCGAGUAUUUCAAUAACAUUUAUUUUUCACAAACUAAAUUUAUUACAUCUAACGAUCAAAUCAUAGUGAAAGUUCCAUAUUUCCUUAAAUCUUUAAUAAAUCUAAUUAACAAUACUCCGAAACGUGUUCUUGCCAAUUACGCUAUUUGGCGAGUAGUCCAAGAGUCGGCUUCUUUCAUGAAUGAACGCGUGAAACGCAUCAAAGCUGAUUUCAGUGCGUCAAAGACAGGUACAAAUGUACAAAAACAACCAUGGAUCGAAUGUCUGGAAUACUUAAAGACAAAUUUACAUCUGGCUCUUGGAGCUUUGUAUGUGAGAGAACAUUUCGAUAAGAAAUCGAAGGAAGUUGCUGAAGAAGUUGUUCACGGAGUCCAUGAAAGUUUUUUAGGUUUAUUAGAAAAGAUUGAUUGGAUGGAUGCAAAAACUAAAGAGACCGCUAAAAAGAAGCUCCGUUCCGUUAAAGAAUACGUUGCCUACCCGGACGAAUUCCUUGACGACGAAAAAAUUGACACCUAUUUCCAGGAUCUAGUAGUUCAUUCGGAAAGUUUUUUGAAGAGCCAUUUAAAUUUGAAGCUUUUCAAAGUCAUAAAAUAUAUAGAAAAAUUAGGAAAGCCUGUUAAUAGAUAUAAUUGGAUCGAUAGAGGGUUUACCGCAGAAGUGGACGCUUUCUAUGGUCUUCACAUAAAUAGCAUUAUCAUUCCGGCGGGAAUCUUGCAAGAUAUAUUUUUUAACAGUCUUCGGCCACACUACUUGAAUUACGCUGCUAUUGGUUGGAUAACUGGUCAUGAAUUAACACACGGGUUUGAUGAUCAAGGAAGUCAAUAUAACGAGUAUGGUGAUUUGAUCAACUGGUGGGAUCCUGAAACAUUCAAAAAUUAUCGUAAUCGAACUAAAUGUAUAAUUCAGCAAUACAGUAAUUAUACAGUUAAUGGCUUGAAAGUGAAUGGUAAGAAUACUCAAGGUGAAAAUAUCGCAGAUAACGGAGGUAUCAAGGAAGCUUACUUCGCUUAUGAAGAAUAUGAAAAGACUCAUGAGCAAGAAUUAGGUUUACCUGGAUUAUCGUACACAUCGCGGCAACUAUUCUGGAUAAAUGCAGCAAAUAUCUGGUGCGACAAAUCUAGACCUGAAAAUUUGGAACACGUAAUCAAUACCGAUGUUCAUGGUCCUGCUGAGAUUCGCGUCAUUGGAACUUUCUCUAAUAUACCUGAAUUUUCUAGAGACUUUAAUUGUCCUGUCGGAUCUCGAAUGAAUCCUAUUAAAAAAUGUACAGUUUGGUAAAUGUACAGUUUAUAUUAGUAUCAUGAUAUUUUAUUUUAUCUGAGCAAAUAUUGAAAACAAAUAUAAAUAAUCUAUAAUUCAUGUAUAAUAUAAAAUAAUUUCGCAUAGUUCAGAAAGAAAAAUAUUUUUAUAAUAGUUAUCAUUAAAAAAAUCGUUCAAAUGCACAAAACUUAUUGUUAAUAAAUAUAUGCGAAUAAAACCUACCAUUUAUUAUAAAAACAAUUGAA